AUGUGGCGCGGAGGCAAGGGCAAGGGCGGUGGCAAGGGCAAGGGCGGCGGCAAGGGCUACGGCUACCGCGGCGGCGGCUACCGCGGCGGCGGCGGACGCGCGCCGGCGGCGCCAAUGUCGUGGAAGCGCAAGGCUGCAGACGACAAGGACGCGCUGCCGGCGCUCUCCCACCGAGCAGAGCUGCUCACAGCCCUGCGCAACCACGGUGUCGCGGUCGUGUCGGGUGACACGGGCUGCGGCAAGUCGACGCAGGUGCCGCAGUUUCUGCUCGACGCGUCAACAGCCAAUCGCAUCGUCGUCACGCAGCCGCGGCGGCUGGCGGCGCGCGCGCUGGCCGAGCGGGUGGCGUCGGAGCGCGGCUCGACGCUGGGUCGGACGGUGGGGUACGCCGUCUCGCGCGACAAGGCGACCACGCUCGGCACGACGCGGCUCACCUUUAUGACCGUCGGCCUGCUGCUGCAGCUGCUCAUCUUCAAGCGGGACGAGGUGGAGGCGGCCUUCACGCACAUCGUCGUGGACGAGGCGCACGAGCGGGACGUCGACCUCGAUCUCCUCCUCCUCCUCCUCAAGCGGCGCAUGAAGGCCCAGGCAAACAAACUCCGCGCCGCUCGCGCCUCUGCCGCCGCCGCCGCCGACACCGCCGCCGAGCCUCCUGCGGCGGCCUCUGGCGCCGAGGCGGGCGGCGAGGAGGCGGGCGGCGAGGAGGCGGGCGAGGAGGGCGCGGGCGAGGAGGGCGUGGGGCAGCCGCUCAAGCGGCCGCGCCUCGACCCCGCGGCCGCUGCCUCUGAGGGCGGGGCGAAGCGCGGGGCGAAGGGCGAGGCUCCGGCCGACGGGCUGCGGCUGGUGGUGAUGAGCGCGACGAUCGACGCGUCCGCGUUCGCAGAGUACUACCGCGGCUGCUCGCUCGCGCCCCCUGCAGCCGACGCCGCCUCCUCCGCCUCCGGCGCCUCCUCGCUCGCCCCGGCGCCAAAGGUUGUCGUCGACGACGGGGCGGGCGGAGCCGGCAGGGCAGCCGCCUCUGCCAACGCCGCGUCGGGCGCCGCCGCGCCGCCGCCCCGCGACGAGAAGGCACGCGCGGCCAAGCUCGACCCGUCCACGUACCCGAUGGCGAGACAUAGCCGAGACACAGCCGAGACACAGCGCAGACAUGGCCGCGGCGUGGCCCAGAGAUGGCGAGAUGGGGCUCCCGCGGCGGUCCCGCACGGCGGCGGCGUCCUCGUCUUCCUGCCCGGCUACUCGGAGAUCCAGGAGUGCCACAAGGCCCUCAAGCGGGGCGUGCUCGCCACCGCCGCCGGCUCGCGCCUCCUCGUCCUCCAGCUGCACGCGCUGCUCGACGACGCCGCGCAGUCGCAGGCGCUCGCGCCGCCGCCCGCCGGCGCCAUCAAGGUGAUCCUCGCCACAAACAUCGCCGAGUCGGCCCUGACCGUGCCGGACGUCUCAAUCAUCAUCGACGCGGGGCUCGAGAAGCUGCCCUACUUCGACGCGCGCGCAAACACGGACACGCUGCUGCUGCGCCGCUGCGCGCGCGCGUCGGCGGUGCAGCGCGCCGGCCGGGCCGGCCGCGUCGCGCCCGGCGUGUGCCUACGCCUCUACCCCGCCGCCUUCCUCAAGGACACGGCCGUCAUGCCCGCCUUCACGCCCGCCGAGAUCGAGCGCACCUCGCUGCUCAACCUGGUCCUCAAGGUCAAGACCAUCGCGCCGGACGCGCCGCCCGCCGCCCUCCUCGACGAGGCCAUCCAGCCGCCGACGACGGCGCGCGUCGCCGCCGCCGUCGACGCGCUCGGCGCCCUCGGCGCCCUCGCCACCGCCGCCGACGGCGGAAGGCCGCCCUCCGCUGCCGCCGGCAGCCUCUCCGAGGGCGGUGCGUGCGCGCGCGUCACGACGCUCGGCCGGCUCGUCGCGUCGCUGCCCGUCUCGGUGCCGAUGGGGCGGCUGCUCGUUCUGGGGGAGGCCUUCGGGUGCGGGCGGCAGGCCGCGCUGCUCGCAGCCCUGCUCACGCUGCCCGACCCGUUCCUCCAGCCCUACACGCGCGCCGCCGCCGCCCCCGCGGCCGAGCCGGCCACCGACGGCGCGGCGGAGGCGGCGGCGGCGGCGGAGGACGUGGGGUUCUUCAAGCCGCGGCUGGCGCUGCUAUGCGCCGCCUUCCUGCCGAACCUCGCGCUCGGUCGCACCACCUGCCCGCCGGCGGUCCUCGCCGACAUCGCGCGGCAUCGGCUCGACCCGAGCCGCACCGUCGCCUUCAUCGUCGGCUCCGGCUCGCAGGGCGGCGCCCACCUAACGCAGGCGAACCUCGCCGCCGCGCUCAAGCCGUGCGGCAAGCUCGAGCAGUCUAUCAUCUCAAAGUCGCGCGUGCACGUCAACGGCGCCCUCUCGCUCCAGACGUCCGCCGUCCUCUCCUUCGCGUCGCAGGAGGGCGCGCUACUCGCCCUGCGGAUGGCGGGCAUGCGCGGCUCGCUGCCGGUGUGGCACUCGGGCAGCGCGGUGCUGAGCGCUGCGGAGCCGUCUCCAGAGGAGCGGCUGCUGCUCGCGACGGCAUGGUCGCGCGCGGGCUACCGAAAGAAGCUGCUCGCCCACGGCGCGACGCUGCUGCCCGCCAAGCCCGCCGGCGCCGCGCAGUUGCUCGCCCUCACCUUCUCUCGCCACGUCCGUCUGCUCGCGCCGCCGGCCGACGCGGCUCCGGCCGCCGGCGGAGCCAUCGCGGCGCAGGUGGCGGACGGCGAGCGAGCGGUCGCUUUUGCGCUGCCGUGGCUGCUGCGGCGCGCGGAUUUGGACGCGAUCAACGAACUCCGCGCCGCGCUCUCGGGCUCCGUGGGGGAGCGGCCUGCGGCGGACGGCGAGCCGGCAGCCGCGAUCCAGCUGCGGCUGAUGAAGCUGCUGGUGGAGAAGCGGCCCCAGCUGAGCGAGGGUCUCGCGGCGAUGGCGGCCGCGAUCGCCGCCGACGCGCCGAACCUCAACUGCGGUGAGUGGCCGUCGACUCUCCUGCCGCCGAUCGGCGAGCCGGCCGGCGCGUCAGGGGUGCUGGCGGAGCUCGCGGCGGGCGGCGGAGCCGAGCCCAUGGAAGAGGAGGAGGCUGCGUGGGGCGGCGCACACGGGGGAGGCGCCGCGCACGACGAGGCGGGUGGGGUGGACGGCGCGGCCAGCGACGAGGAGGAUUUGGAGUUGCUGGAGAUCUGAGAGUACACGCCUCGGGUUGUCACUUGUCACGUCACAUGCCAUGGGGUGUUUUUAAGAGAGGUACGAGCACAGGGCGGGGAGCAGCGGUUUCUUCCCUGUCUCGCACUGCUUUGUGCUCCUUACGUGAGCUCUCUGGGGGAA